UUUCUUGAUGAACACUCCAUAUUUCUUCCACCAUAAUCCCCUUCUUCUCCUGCAAUUCAUCUUCCAAAACCCCAACUCUCUGUAAAAAUGGGUAGCAAUCAAGCAGCAUUAUCGUUUCUCAAAUAUCUUGCAGUAGGCGCAGCGGGGAUCGGUGCCGGAGCAACAGCUCUCAGCUCAUGCCUGUACACUGUCGACGGCGGCCAACGAGCCGUACUUUUCGACCGCUUCAAAGGAAUCAUCGACGAUGUAGUUGGUGAAGGGACUCAUUUCUUAGUUCCAUGGGUUCAAAAACCCUUCAUCUUCGAUAUCCGCACAAAACCUCACACGUUCUCCUCUUUCUCCGGUACAAAAGAUCUCCAGAUGGUCCAUCUUACCCUCCGUGUUCUCUCUCGCCCAGAAGUUUCACGUCUUCCAAUAAUCUUCAAAACCCUGGGUCUCGAGUAUGAUGAGAAGGUCCUUCCUUCAAUCGGCAAUGAAGUUCUCAAAUCUGUCGUGGCACAAUUCAACGCGGAUCAGCUUCUCACUGAGCGUCCACAGGUGUCUGCAUUAGUUCGUGAGACUUUGAUUCGUCGUGCAAAGGAUUUCGACAUUGAGCUUGAUGAUGUGGCGAUAACACAUUUAUCAUAUGGUGCUGAAUUCUCUACGGCUGUGGAAAAGAAGCAGGUUGCCCAGCAGGAGGCGGAGCGGUCAAAGUUUGUCGUGAUGAAGGCUGAGCAAGAGCGGAGGGCUGCAAUUAUUAGGGCUGAAGGAGAAAGUGAGUCUGCUAAGUUGAUUUCUGAUGCAACUGCAGCUGCUGGUAUGGGUUUGAUUGAGCUUAGGAGGAUCGAGGCUUCGAGGGAGAUUGCUUCGACCUUAGCUAAGACUCCCAAUGUGUCUUACUUGCCCAAACAGAACAUGCUUCUGGGAUUGAAUGCAGCACGUUGAUUAGGUAAUUAGGUUAAGUAUCCGUCUUCCACGUCUAGUUUUUGAUAUAAGCACAUUGCUCUCUGAAGUAGAAUAUAGUACAAUCUAAUCGAGUGAGUAGUUACUGCACGAUUCUGUGCCGAAGAGCGAAAUGAUGAAAUACAGAGGUGGGAAUUAAGAGCAAAAAGGUUUUCUAACUGCCAUAUAUAUGCCUUUCGUUUUCACCUUUUCAGAAGGAACCUUGAUAAUCUGUUUGUUAUCUUCACGUAUCUUGGAAUCAAUCCGUCAAUAGUGUGGUUGUUGCAUUGUUAUCUUCUGAUGUACAAAGUCUACGCAGUGUCAUCUGAAAUGCUAUCAGAUGAAACCGAGUUUUUGAAUCAGUAUAACUGCUAUUCAUAUUAUUGUACAGAGGAUGGAGGAGAUUGGUUAAUAAUUUUUUAUCAUUGUAGUGUGAGAAUACUGAAGGAUGGUAGGGGAAUAGAAUGUUGUUAUAUGCAAUACAUGAAAACUCAAUCGAGUCUGCGUUAGUUUGGGAACUUACUCCCUUUUGGUUUAAGAACGAAACACCAGAGAAUGACCUUCUCUAUGGUGAUUUGCUAUGUUGAAUUAUUCUAGAACAUAUGAUUUUCUUCACGAAGUUGAGCUGUGUAACACAUACAUUGGUAAUAGCGAAAUUUUCCCAUGAGUUGAAGCCAAGAGUUGGACUGA